AUGAUGAAAACAAACACCCCUAGAGCGGGUCAAUACGAUUCUCCCUAUACAUCACUUUCGGAUCCUUCGAAUUUCAGUCUGGAAGUGAAGGUUGUUCACACUAAACUCUGGUGUCACACUCGAGCUGAUGGUGCAUGUCUUUUAGACAUCUCAAAAGUACCGAACAUCUCUGUUGAAGAUCAUCUCGAUCAGAUCGCUGAUCUCUACGGAGGAACAAAAAAUUUCUAUAGUAUUAAAUUUACUGGUCGUCAGAAUACACAGUAUAUUGAAGCGUACCCUAAAACUGAGAUUAAGAACGAUUUUAUCUCUAACGGUGUGCUGUAUGAAAAGUGUAACGUUCGACUUCUUCCAUGUGCUGCGCUGGAAGGUGACGGUAAAACUAUUCAUGUCAAGUUGACUGAUCUCCCAUUUGGUCCAACUGAUGUGCUUUUAGACAAUCUUAGAACCACUUUAGAAAGACAUGAUAAAAUUUUGGACGUAUCUGUUAUGAUUGUAGUAGCCUUUAUAACUAAGUUAAUAGAAAUAAACCAUCAUUUAUUACAUAAUAAAGAGGUUAUUCAAAUAAAACUAGUAUAUUGUACUUCACAGCAUAAUAUUCAUUCUACACUCAGUUUUAAUAAUAGUCGUUGUUAG